AUGGAAGCCGUCGAUUCCCAAAAGCUCAGUACAGUUUGCACAAUGUCCACGCUGGCAAAGGCAAAAGGACGUAUCACAAAACUGAAAAAAAGAGGUCUGCUGGUGCUGGGUGGGGACAAACGUCCAACGUGGCGGAUACGUGGCAAGUCAGAUCCAACGGCUGAGGAAUGGCAGCGACCAGACACCGUCGAUUGUGGUCUUGCAGGGGUCGUCCCUGGAUGA